CUGAGCUCAAGCAAUCAUCCCGGCUCAGCCUCCCAGAAUGCUAGGAUUACAGGCAUGAGCCACCAUGCCUGGCCAUGCCUUUUUGUUCUAGUCAGACCAUUAGCCCGAUUGGAUGAGGACCACUCACAUUAUGGAGGGUAAUCUAUUUUACUCAUUCUAUAGUCUACAGAUUUAAAUGUUACUGUCAUCCAACAGCACCCUCACAGAAACAUUCAGAAUACUGUUUGACCAAAUAUCUGGGUACCCUGUGGCCCAGUUAAGUUAACACAUAAAACUAACCGUCACAAUACCAAACUUUUAUUUUCUGGCUAAUAGUCAUAACUUUCUUAGGCCUUUUCACUUCCAUUAAGAAUACCAGGAUUUGGCUUUUAAAAUUUUAAGUGCAUUUUUGACAAAGAAAAAAUAACUAUCAGUUGGUGAGUAUUACUAUGUACACAUUCAGGAAUAUAUAACAGCAAGAAGUAUUUGGAGCUUAGCUAAGCAGAGCCACUGAUUGAGUGAGCCAACCUGCCCCACCUCCACUCCCUACAUGCACAUCCAUUCAAAGGCAUGUAUCAACAGUAGGCAGAUACUAUUUCACUAAUCUAUAGAGUCAAGAGUAGUCAAAAUGAAGAAUGCUAAGGGCCUGCUCCAAGGGAUAAUGGUGGAAUUCUCCAAAUUCAUUUUUGACAUACUGAGUUUGAGAGGCUUCUGUAAGGUAUGCAGGUAUGAGAUAGGCAGAGGGAAAUUCAAGUCUGACACUCAAGAUACCUAGCCUGAAAAAUAAGGAAAUCAUCAGCAUAAAGAUAGCAACUUAAGUCACAACCGUACUGUAUGUUAUCCCUUCCUAGUUUCUGCCCUAUUUCUCACUUCCAUUCAAUGUCUUACUUUUUGAAAGAAGAAUUUUUGCUCACUGUCUCUGUUUUCCUAUGGCAGGCUGGCUAUUCUCCCCAUUUCACUACCAAAAUUGUCUUCACAGAGGUGACCAAUGGCAUCUGUGUUUUGAAUCAAGAGUAUCCCUGAGGAUACAGUAAAAAGAAAGUUCUCCGAAACAGAGAGAGCAGUCUGAAGCUGGGGAUGACAACAGCAUUGGUGAGUGCCCAUUCCCUGGCUCCCCUGAAUCUGAAGAAGGAGGGGCUUCGGGUAGUGAGGGAACAGGGAUUCAAGCUGCACAAAGGCCUUGGACAGGAGCCCUUGUGCAAACAAUUCAGGCAGUUGCGCUAUCUAGAGACCACAGGACCUCCAGAAGCACUGAGCUGGCUGCAGGAGCUCUACCAACAGUGGCUGCAACCUGAGACCCACACUAAGGAGCAAAUCCUAGAGCUACUGGUGCUGGAGCAAUUUCUGACCAUUCUGCCUAAGGAGCUUCAGGCCGGGUUAUUGGAGCAUCACCCAGAGAGCGGAGAGGACAUGGUUGUUGUUCUGGAGGAUUUGCAGCUGGAACUUGGAGAAACAGGACAACAGGUGGACCUAGACCAGGCAAAGAAACAAAAACUGCUUGUGGAGGAGACAGCCCCUCUGAAAGCAGUGCAGGAGCAGCAGGUUCAGCCUGAGUGUGAAGUUUCAAAGUCUGAGAAAAAGAAGGGUGAGGAGACAAGGAUUGAGAAUGGGAAGCUUGUUGUAGUGACAGACUGCUGUGGGAGAGUUGAAUCAUCUGGGAAAAUCUCUGAACCCAUGGAGGCUCAUUAUGAAGAGUCUAACUUGGAAAGGCAGCCAGUCAAGCCCAAGGAGACUGACUACAAAUGCUCAGAAUGUGGAGAGGGAUUUAUCCAGCACUUGGACCUGAUUGAACAUGAGAGUGUACACACGAGAGAGAAGCUCUGUGAAUCUGAAGCUUGUCAGAGUUCUGGCCUUACUGGACAUCAGAAAAUCCUCUCUAGAGAGAAAGGUCAUCAGUGUCAUGAGUGUGGGAAAGCUUUUCAGAGGAGUUCACACCUUGUCAGACAUCAGAAAAUCCAUCUGGGUGAGAAGCCUUAUCAGUGCAAGGAGUGUGGAAAAGUCUUUAGCCAAAAUGCAGGCCUUUUGGAACAUCUUAGAAUCCAUACCGGAGAGAAACCUUAUCUAUGUAUCCAUUGUGGAAAGAACUUUAGGCGCAGCUCUCAUCUUAAUCGACACCAGAGAAUUCACAGUCAGGAGGAGCCCUGUGAGUGCAAGGAGUGUGGAAAAACCUUUAGUCAGGCUCUACUUCUCACCCAUCAUCAGAGAAUCCAUAGUCAUUCCAAAAACCAUCAAUGUAAUGAGUGUGGGAAAGCCUUCAGUUUGACCUCAGACCUUAUUCGACACCACAGGAUUCACACUGGAGAAAAACCUUUCAAGUGUAACAUUUGCCAGAAAGCUUUCCGACUAAAUUCACACCUCACUCAGCAUGUAAGAAUCCACAAUGAAGAAAAACCCUAUGAGUGUAAUAAAUGUGGAGAAGCCUUCAGGCAGAGAUCAGGUCUUUUUCAACAUCAGAGAUAUCACCAUAAAGACAAACUGGCUUGAUGAGGUGUUUUCUCCUUGUAGAACCUUGGAGAAGGCACACUGACAAGCAAACAACACUUUAAGAAAAGUCACUCUAGCCAAUGUUGGCAUCAGAGCAUUCUUGGAGGCCAAAUUGGAAGCUGUCUACCUCCAUUCCCUCCCCUUUAUUUUCCUUGAAGUCAAUUUUGGAAAAUAGUAAUUUCACCCUAGGUAGUACUAUGGGAUCAAAGUUAACCAGCAUUCUUCAGUGCAGGACUUCAGAGCCUUUAACAUAAUAAAUGCAUAAUUAUGGAUCUCUAAGCAGUAAAGAGCCUCAUCCUGAGUGGAGGCUUUAAGUCAGUAGUGAAUCAAGGGUCCACAGAUUUAUAGGAUUAAGCAGAACAAGGGCAGAUUGAUAUGUUUGCAUAUGCUAUGGUAACAGACUCCUAUGAAAUAAGACUAAUGAUGUUUGGAAAUAUACCACUCUCAAAGGUGUCUUAAAGUACAGGUUAAUGAGAGCAUUUUCCCCCGCUGGCUUCACACCAUUCCUCCCACUGACCUCACCCUCAUGCUUCCUCACCCAGUAUCAGUGGAAACAUUUUACAAAGCAAAGAUAAUCUUUUGCUGGUUAACUAUAGAACUUGCCUUCUUGGUUAGCUUCAUGUAGUUUUACCAUUUCCUACUCCCAUCCCCAUCACAUUAUCUCAUGAUUCAAGUUAUAAAUGAAAGUUUACUGAGACUAUGGGAGAGAUUUCAUGAGUCAUUUGAAUAAACUGUGCUGAAUUAAUCUAAGUAGCAACUGUCUUACUUGAUAACUCCAGUGCCAGGAUAGUGGCUGCUGCAUGGACACUAGUCAAUAAAUGUCCAGUGAAAGAAA